AUGUCCUCUUCAUCAUCGAGCAUCGAUCCGCAGCAAGUACUCGAAUGGACCAUCUCCCUCGCCAAGCAAGCGGGAUCCGUCAUCAGCAAAGGGCGCGAGACGCUGCGCGACGACAUUGCAAAGGACUACGAUUCCAUCAUCAAGAAGAACUCGAGCGAUCUCGUCACAAAGACGGACCAGGAUACCGAAGCCUUUGUAAAGAAGGCCAUACUGGACAAAUGGGGCCCAGAAACAAAGUUCAUCGGAGAGGAGAGCUAUGCGGCUGGGGAAGAGAACGUGUUGGAUGAUGCCUUGACUUUCAUCGUCGACCCGAUUGAUGGCACUACGAACUUCACCCACGCCUUUCCCUUUUUCUGCAUCUCCAUCGCCGUAGCUUACAAGUCCCAACUGCUCGCAGGGGUAGUCUAUGCUCCCUUUCUGGACCGCCUGUACACCGGUCUAGCCGGGCAAGGCUCCUACCUCAUCACUCCUAGCGACGGUACACCUCGCAAACUUCCUCUGCAGAAGCCGCUGCCUCUGCCAUCACUCAAGCAGGCGCUGAUUGCCUUGGAGUGGGGGUCGGACAGGAAGCAUGAGACAGUUGAGAGGAAGGCGAGGACGAUGGAGAAGCUCGCAUCGCAGAGGGGCAACAUGGUCCAAGGCAUCAGGAGUAUCGGUAGUGCCGCUCUCAGCUGCUGCUUUGUGGCUGAGGGCAGCAUGGACUUGUACCACGAGAUCGGCUGCUGGGCUUGGGACAUUGGCGCCGGCUUCACGAUCAUCAACGAGGCCGGCGGCCUCACCGUCGGCUCCAAGGAUGACACGCUGUCCAAGAUCAAGGCUAACGGCAAGGAGCUGGGUAUCGUCACUCCGCAGGUUCUGCAAGGUCGCAAGUACUGCGUCGUGCGAGGCGCAGAGCGUGACGAUCAGGUUGGACUUUUGAAGGAGUUCUUUGAGGCCAUGGACGAGUGGGAGGCAUGAGCGCCCCGCUGACAUCUGGAGAGUAGCGAGUUGCGGGGCAUGAGUUAUGCUUCAAAAGGCGAUCAGUACAUGUGUUUCCGAUCGCCGAAAGAAAGAAACUUGAAUGGUCGAGAGAAGUAGAGAGUGGAAUGUAUGCACCUCUGCUCC